AUGACUUGGGUGACGUCUGCGGCAGCCGUGGAGCAGCAACAGCCGCCACAGCAGUUACUUAUGCGGUGCCAGCUGUCUCCGCCCGAAUUGUACCGGACCGCCUCGCCACGUGCUCCGCCGAAUGGAACUCCACGGUUUGCGGCGGCCAAUUCUCGCAAAACGAGCAUGUACCACAGCCCAUCCUUGGGAUUGGGCCCGCAGACGCUUCGACCCGCGCAUUCGUCACUUUGUUCCCCUCAAGCUCUACGGCCACGCCAAGCAGAGGCGUCCCUUGCCCUGGAUCAACUCUCCUUGGCGCAGUCAACCCCAAUCCUUUUCCGGACUUCAGUACGCCAUAUGUUGCCGAAGCUAAAGGAGCAGCUCUGCCUAGCAUCGAGAGCUUCUUGCCACGCAACCGACAAGAAGGCGAGCCGUGGCAACCGUGUUGCGGGCGGCGCUUAUCAAGUAGCGAGGACAGCGACACGCUGGGCAUCGCUUAUGCAUGCGCACUUGCUCGGGGAGGACCUUGCUGACUGGAAGAUUUUCAGACGCCGCGCUGACAUUGGCGCAUUGGUAGAGUUUUGGGCCUUGCUACUCGACCGAGAGGCGGGAACCAGAAAUCGCAUCGAGGAGGAGGCUUUUUCAUUGCUUUGUCGUCUUAAGCGGCAAGAGCAUUGGGAAAGGCUGUCUGCACCUCUCAACAGCCUGACGCUUCCUGUUGCACGGCUGAAGUCACCAAGUAUCUUCAACACUUCACAGGUCAACAAGACCCCAAAGUAUGCCAUAAGACAGAAGGAACCUCCCACGUGGGCGGCGAGACACCCCUUGGCGGGGCGGCGGGAGGAUAAUAAACGAUGGAAAAACAGUGAACUGGCGCUGAAGCGGCAGCCUAUCAUCCUCUCCGACGAGGAGAGCGCGGCACGCGGCCUCAUCACAAUUGUAGAAGAGGGUUGUCGACGGCGGUUAGCUCUUGCUGUAAGAGAUUGUCUGCGGGGCGUCAAGCAGGAGUCUUCCCCCUCUCGCGGAAGUGGUCGCUGGAAUGAGGGGAAGCGAAGGAGUGGGUGGGAAACGCCUAAGUUGGAGGAGGUGGCAACAAGCAGAGUGUGCCAGGAUGCCGAGAAAACACCGCGACGAAGGAGGGGCUCGUGGGGGAGCUCAAAUGCCUACUGCGGGUCGCCAGAUGAGGUUGUGCGGGGCGGGGGGGCUAGCUCAAUGACCUCGGAUGCGUGCCUCUCUGUCAGCAGCGGCCGCUUCUACUUCGGCGGAGUUGAGGAAGUCACCCUGGCCUCGGUGCACAGCGCGGGGGAGACGGCAGAGGACGAAGUUCAGCGUAGGACACUGUCAGAGCCGCGCCGGGACGCGACGAGUGGUGAACUACUCAAACUUGUGGUCUUUGAAGAGGUGAGGUCCGAUGCUCCGUUGCAGCAGCUUGACAAGAGUGGCGUGGAUACGUUUUUCGACAGCGAGAAUGAGCGACUGGAGGAGGCACAAGCCUGCCUCUUUUAUGAAGAACAGGAGGCGCGAGCCGAAGUCAUGCAGUUGGAGGAGCACGGCGUGAUACAGCUGGAGGAGCGCCUGACCGACUUUUGGCUCUCGCGACGUGUUGUUGACGCCGUCGCGCUGCAGAUGGAGAACGUCCUGCGUGAGGAGGAGUCGAGGAGAAUCCACAUUUGCGGUAGCUUCUUUUUGCACCCUGAGGACAGGGCGGAGUUCAGCGCUUUGUCGCAGGGCGGGUUGCCGCCAUCUUUGCACCGCCGCUUUCGUCCAGGGAACGAGCAGCGCGAGCGCAACGCCGUCCGCAGCAUGUUUCUUGACGGUCUCCGCACCGCGACGGAGACGGCGAUCGCGGCUCUUCUUGAGCAGGAGCGACAAGAGCGGGCAGGGCUGGAGCGGGACGCACAGCCGCAAUACACUUCCGUGUUCUGGGAAAUGGAGUUAAUGGGGGAGCGACAAGAGUUGCUCCUUGAAGAGCAAAGCCAGCGAAGCGGCAUUGAGUUUGCUGCGAUGGGGCACUGGUUGGACCUUCGACUACUCCAAAGCCUGCAGCAAACGUCGCUGCUUAUUGGCGCAAAAGGCAUGACGCUGAGUGACACGGAAAGCGGCGUCAGCAGCUGCGAUGCGGAGGGAAACGUCUACCGUCGGUGUCCGUGGGCUGACGCCGACGGCGUUAACCCCGGCUCUUCUUUACUCUGCUUGUCUCAUUCGGCGCGGCUCGAUUCCGGUACCAGGUCGAAGACCACAUCGAGAUGCUCGUCCUUGACGAGCAAGGAGGAUGGAGGUUCAACGCGGCGGGCUUCACACGGGCUCGCAGCGGAAACUGAGGCACUUGAGCCCGUUUGUGUUGACUACGCUCUAGGCCCAUUGAGGGCAGAGGAGCGUGAGCAACGAGAGGCCUUGCAUGCCGACUGGAGCCGAGGGUAUGAAAACCUACUGGAGCUUGACGGCAUGGCGACGGAGGAAUUCACGCGUGUUAUAGCUCUUUCCAACAAUAUUAGGAUGUCCAGCACCCCUGUCAUUUUGUUUUAG